AUGCUAGCGGCACCUAUGUGGAUCCUUGCCUCGGUCAAGGACAGCACCAUGAAACUCAUAGCUAUCACUGGGUUUCUGUUCGUUUUUGUAACAAUAAUGAACUGGGGUAUUGUUGCAAAGCCUUUUGAGAUACUAGCUGCCGCCGCAGGCUACACCGCCGUUCUUGUCGUCUUUCUACAGCUUGGAGUUUCUUAG